AUGCCUGUAUACCAACCUGCAAAGAGUCCAUGCCUGUAUACCAACCUGCCCCGAGUGUAUGCCUGUAUACCAGCCUGCCCCGAGUGUAUGCCAGUAUACCAGCCUGCCCCGAGUGUAUGCCUGUAUACCAACCUGCCCCGAGUGUAUGCCUGUAUACCAACCUGCAAAGAGUCCAUGCCUGUAUACCAACCUGCCCCGAGUGUAUGCCUGUAUACCAGCCUGCCCCGAGUGUAUGCCAGUAUACCAACCUGCCCCGAGUGUAUGCCUGUAUACCAGCCUGCCCAGAGUAUAUGCCUGUAUACCAACCCGCCCCGAGUGUAUGCCUGUAUACCAGCCUGCCCAGAGUGUAUGCCUGUAUACCAAACUGCAAAGUGUUCAUGCCUGUAUACCAACCUGCCCCGAGUGUAUGCCUGUAUACAAGCCUGCCCCGAGUAUAUGCCUGUAUACCAGCCUGCCCCAACCUGCCCAGAGUGUAUGCCAGCAUACCAGCCUGCCCAGAGUCAAUGCCUGUAUACCAGCCUGCCUAGAGUCAAUGCCUGCAUACCAGCCUGCCCAGAGUGUAUGCCUGUAUACAAGCCUGCCCCGAGUAUAUGCCUGUAUACCAGCCUGCCUAGAGUCAAUGCCUGUAUACCAACCUGCCCAGAGUAUAUGCCUGUAUACCAGCCUGCCCAGAGUGUAUGCCUGUAUACCAGCCUGCCUAGAGUCAAUGCCUGUAUACCAGCCUGCCUAGAGUCAAUGCCUGCAUACCAGCCUGCCUAG